AUGGCCAGCACCCUAUGGGUUGGAGAGGCUGAGGGUGGAAUCCAAAACUGGGAGGAGAAGGAGGAGAAAGAGGAAGAGAAAGAGGGGGCAGCAGUGGCUGUCCUGAUGGCUGAGGGGGCUCUGAAUGCCCCUGGGGAUCAGCUGUCCGAGAGGAGGAAGGAAGCCCAGGAUGGGGGCCCCCAGGGGAUCAAGUUGGAGUUACACCCGCUGCUGAACAGGUGGGCCCUAUGGUUCUUCAAGAAUGACCGCAGCCGAGCCUGGCAGGACAACCUGCAUCUGGUCACCAAGUUUGACACCGUGGAGGACUUUUGGGCGAUGUACAGUCACAUCCAGCUGGCCAGUAAGCUCUCUUCUGGCUGUGACUACGCCCUGUUCAAGGAUGGCAUUGAGCCCAUGUGGGAAGAUAGCAGGAAUAAGAGGGGUGGCCGCUGGCUGGUCAGUCUUGCCAAGCAGCAGCGUCACAGUGAGCUGGACCGCCUGUGGCUGGAGACCCUGCUCUGUCUGAUCGGGGAGAGCUUUGAGGAGCACAGCCGGGAGGUGUGUGGGGCUGUCAUCAACAUCCGAACCAAGGGAGACAAGAUUGCUGUGUGGACCAGGGAGGCAGAGAACCAGGCGGGCGUGCUGCACAUUGGGCGUGUGUACAAAGAGCGCCUGGGCCUCUCCACGAAGAUCGUCAUUGGGUACCAGGCCCAUGCAGACACUGCCACCAAGAGCAACUCCCUAGCCAAGAAUAAGUUUGUGGUGUGA